AUGAUGAUAUCUGCACUCAACCUCAACCGGUCGAAGCGAGGGGUUAGGUCUUCAGUCGUCGAGCUGCCUGCUGCGGCGUCUGAUGCUUCCAGCCCCCAGGGCACACCUCAGGCGCAGAUUCAGUCCGGCGGUUCGUCCUCUGGUGACGGAUCUGCCCAUCACACCGGAGCUGCCUCCAGCGGUCCUUCGCGGGUUCCGUGGAGGCGGCCGCGUUCGCUACUGAGGCUCCCCGGGUCCGCCGCCUCGAGGCGCCAACGGACCACUGUCGAAGUCCUGCCUGAUCCACCGAGGGGCCGACGCACAACUUCGCCGUCGCCCCAACCCGGCAGCAGACCGGCGCCCUCCGUACUUCCCACCACCCGGCAGUACGGGCGCCCUUCGGCGCAAGCCGUUCCGCGCGUUCCCUCGCGGAGUCCGCUUCUGCUCACUGCCGGAGAUGACAGCAGCGGUUCCGAUAGGCCCGCGGCGCAGGCGACAGGGGACAGGCGACCCUCUCGGGUGGUGCCGAGUGUCAUCGACCUCGCCGGGGGCAACGCUGUUCGGGCAGGUGCUUCACGUUCGCCUUCUCCUGAGUCUACCAACGCGGUGGUACGACAUGUGGACGAAGGUAUGAGGGACAUAGAACGCAGGAGGCUAGCACGUGAGGCGACCCGGCGGGCCAGGGAGGCGGAGAGGCGCUUGCGGGACGCACAAGCCGGUUACGACUCCGAGUUCGAUAUGGACACGCCGACGCCGACGUUGAGCCAGGAGCAGAUUCUGCGGCUGCAGUCGUUGUCGCCCGUCGUGACCGACCUCACAGGAAGCCUCACCCAGUGGGAGUUCGACAUGUACACCACUACCGUCCUCCCGAGCUCGGAGGAGGACGACACGGCCGCCUUACAGUACAUGCUAGACCUCGAGAGGGAGGAGGAGGACAAGAAGAAGAAGAAGGAAGAAGGGGAGGAGGAGAAGGAGGAACAAGAGGAGGAGGAGGAGAAGGAGGAGGAGGAGGAGGAGGAGGAGGCUAAAGAGGAGGAGGAGGAGGAGGAGGAUGCUAAAGAGGAGGAGGAGGAGGAGGAGGAGGAGGAGGCUAAAGACGAGGAGGGUGGAGGGGGCGGUGAGGACGACGCCGGAUUUAAAGACGGGAGGGUCAAGCAGAAAAAGAAGGGAAAGGGGAAGCGUAAGCGUAAAACUUCUUUCAAGCGCAAGAAGUAUGACGACUGCGCCAUUUGCCUCGACUCCAUUACGCCUUUUGAGGGCCGGACAACUCUUCCCUGCGGGCAUGUCUUCCACUGGGUUUGCGCGCACACGUUGCUUCUUAACUACAGUUCACAGUGCCCCUCUUGCCGCAAAGAAGUCGCGUGA